AUGCGACUUUUAUUUCUCGAACGGGAAAUACCCGAGUUGUUUAUACUGCUGAUUUGUUUAAUUGUUUGCCAAGGGAAAAAGCACUUCAAAAACAACGAUGGUAAGUUUUCAGACAUAUUUGUAACGAACAGCAAGGAAAAUAAAGACCCUUUCUUUUAAACGUGAUAACGUUACUAAGUAUGAAGCUUGUCAUUUCGCGCCCGUAUACUGCACGACUUCAGAAGCCGUUUUAAUUUAGUCGUAAUGACUUGAUGCAAGAGUGCAUCAAAAUCUAAGCUUUUUCUCAUAAUGGUGAAGUGGAUAUUUAUGGUUGCGAGUUAUUUGGAAAACGAUGAUUAUUGAAGUGUGUGUAGUAAAUGUAAUCAAAGUUUCCAUAGACCAAACAUAUCAGUUAUAGUUGUAUGUUUUUUAGCCGAUGGUAAUCGAUCGUUUCCCUCGAGUGGUAUUGAACACAAAAGUGCCAAAUUCGUUAAGACUUUUUAUCAGAAUUAAAAAAUUUUGUGAUUUUGUCAUCUUUUAUUUACCACCUGCUAAAGCGUAGUAUUUCAUGUUGGUUAACCUGUUGUAACGCCAAUUGUUUAUUUCUGAUCAAUUUUGUGACAACAGAUUCUUCGCAGGAAAGCAAAUCGACUUUCAUAACCAUCAAACUGCCAGCGAAUGUUGCCACGCACAAUAAAGGUAAAAAGACGUGAUUUUUAUCCUAUUCUAAUCGUCAUUUUUUUUUCACUUCCUGUAGUAAUUAUAGGUUCCUAAGAUGUUUGUCUUAAAUCGAAGUGUAAUUUGUUUGAUGUUUGUAUGUUGUCAUAAAUGCAAAGUAAUGACUUUUUCGAUAAUAUUAUUUUCAUCAGUAUGCUCGCCAAAAUAGAUCGAUAACUAGAAAAUAAAAAACUUUAAUAAUUUUCAUGAACUCUUAAAGAACGAUCAUUCUCUAACUUCCAAUUCUUACAUAUCUCUUUUCAAUAAAUCGUAUGCAAUGCUUAUCUACAAUGUGUUCGAAAAAAACCAACGGGACAAAAGUUUUAUUAGGCUACCACAACGAACACAUAUGCCAAAACUUGUGUCAAAAAUGAAGACCUUUCAUAUUCAAAACACCUUCCUAAAAAGUGUGGAUUAUCAAAGUUGUGUUUUCCUUGUCUUAGGUUGUGUAUACGAUGGUGUUGUCCGACAUCAUGGCGAUGCCUGGUCCCCAGGUCCCUGUAUUCCAGAAUGUCGAUGCUCACAUGGUCAUGUAAAGUGCUCUAAAAUAGAAUGCCCGGAUUUAAACUGUGACAAGCCCAUCAAGAAAAAGUGGAAAUGCUGCGCAGAGUGCUUACCUUUAAUGGAUAACGGUAAGAUCAAAAUUCCACUUUAGCACAGAUUACAAUUUUCUCAGCAAUUGAGUCUGUACCGUCAUAUCUUAAAAGAAGGUCAGAGCUCUGAUUGAGAACGUUUCCUGCUCCUGAAAAUGAACUAGACUCGCUGAAAUCUAGAAAAUCGAUCGGACUGUUUCUCGAUACAACUCUUAGACUGUCUUAAUCACGUUUCCUGUCAUUCAUUCAGUUUUAUAGCUUUUAUACAUUCUAAAAUGCUGAUCUACAAACUCCUUGUUUAAGGAGCGAGAACAUCAUAUUUGGAGGAUUUCUCAGUUUCAUCUCGUCCAAAGAAUGAGUAACAUUGUUUUCCAUGUUUCCUUUGUUCUUAAAUUGCCGUGUUCCGGUUUUAAGGGACCACUUGUGGCGUGUGGAGUAGGAAUGGCAACGGUAAUGGUGGUUGCUGUGUGUUUCCUUUCGAGUAUAACGGCGUCAAGCAUUACACUUGUACUUACUUGGAUCACAACAAGCCAUGGUGCUCAAUCUCUACUAAUUUUGACCGGGAUGGAGUCUGGGGAGAGUGUAUAGGUAAUGCACAUCAAAAGCAUUUUUCUUCGAUAUUUGCUCCGUAGAAUGUUGGGUUGUGAAAUCGGCUUAGCUAGCGAUCGGUAAGGUAAAAUAGCCAAUUUGCUCUCAUCUAAUUUUCAAGAUGAUAGAUACUUCUCAGUUCAAUUAUUAAGGGAUUGCCGGUUGCCCCUUUUCGCUGCAAAAUAAUUUGUAUGAUAGGGUUCAAUAGCGCAUGUGAUAGGAACGGGCCUCUCUUUCAUCUUUCGUUCUGUAAGAGAGAAGCCUAAAACAAUAUCAUGAGAGUCAUGAUUUCUUAAAAUUUCUUUGCUUUUAAUUCUCCUGAUAUCAGAGAAAAUGGCGUCUAUAACUUAUUUUUCAGCCAUUUAAGCUCUUUACUACUUUAUUUAGAGAAUAUUUGGUCACAGCUUCACUUUUACGGUGUUUUUAAGACGAAUUUGAAAUCUUUCCACGGGACACUUCUAUCAUCAAUCUCUCGUCUCACUUCAUUCAGAUGACGGUGAUACACCUAAGACAUUACGAUUCAAAGAUCACAGAGGAGAGGCUCAACAACAAUACAAAAGCACAGAUGAUCUUAUAUCUAGCAUAGCAAACAACGUGGCUAACAGUGUCUCGAACGAGAGUGCAAGCGGGUCAAAUGCUAGUCCUGCAAUCCCGGAGUCCAGUGUGAUCACACCCUCAGGUGCAGCUGCAACAGUCAUUCCAGCCAGUGCACAACCUUCAAAAACCGCGAUAAUGCCGGCUGCAUCAGUAAAUGCAUCUCCUUCUGCCGCUAAUAAAACUGUUCAGCCGUUACCCACUAAGUCGAUUCAGCCACAAGCCACGGGUACGAUAGCUGUUGCGACUGCAAAUGCAACAGUCAUGCCAUCUCCCUCUACGAGUGUUGGAGGCCCUGUGGUACCACAGAAAAAUGCUAGUAGUGUAGUACAACCAGCCAGCAAUCAGUCAGUUGCUGUUAUGGCCAGCAGUGUUCAACCAGCCGCUUCACAGUCGGUGGCACAGGCAGGCCAGGUAAAUAUAUACGACAUUGAGAGUAUAAUUCAGCGCAUUUCAUCUUUCAUCAAACCAAUUGCAGUAACAAACAGACAUGAUCAUCGAUGCGUUUUUUCGAGUAUGAAGAGAAGGAAAGGGAGAAAAGGGAAGGGAAAAAGGGAGGAAAAAACUAAAAAGUAAUGUUCAUGCAUAUGGCAAUACUGGAACAGAAGAACUGCCGUCUGUCUCCGGCCUUCGAUACAUUGAGAUGAAAAGAUUUGAACUCAAAGUGAAUUUUUUUUUGUAGCAAUAACUUAAGGAUCAAAUGAAAGACAUGUUUAAAAUGUGUUUAGACCGCAGUCAUAGGGCAGCCAGGAGCUAAACCGACGCCAUCCAUUGGAAUGGGAGGUGCAGCGGCCGGGACGGCCACACUCCCGCUGCCAGGUCCAACACCACAGGUAACUCAGCAGCCGCAACCACAGGUAACGCAACAGCCAUCACCUCAGCCCUCUCAACAACCAGCACUACCACUUCCCGAACAGCCCACUCCACAGCCCGGUCAACAACCAGCUUUACAGCCUGCUCCUGCUCCUGCUCCGGUACCAGGCCAGCCACCUGUGGAGGGUGUAACUCCCGGCUCUCCUUUCCCGAUAUCGCAGACAACACUUACUCCUGGAGAGACCCAGGCUCCAGGAAAUGCUCCCGGCCAAGCUGGUCAAGCCGUGCAUCAGUUGACGACAACAGAAUAUAACGCAAACCAUAACAUCACAACGACUGAGUCUUGGUUUGGCAAACCUAACGAAACUCUCAACAGGACCAACGGUAAGCUCGAGAUUGGCACCAAAAAUGUUCCUUCGCGACUUUUAAGUAUCUGCAGAAGCCCAUUAAGUAAUGGGCUUCUGGUAUCUGCAUGUAAUUUUUUCUGUGUUUGUAGCUGAAUUGCGUAUGAAGGAAUCCGGAGAUUGAGUUAGUGUGAAGGGAUUGCAAACAUAGAUGCAAUUUGGAAGGUCUAUAGAGGCUUCGCCUUGUUGCAAGUUUUCGCGUACCAUUCGUUCCAAACACGACGAGUUCGCCCUUUGACCCUGUAACUCUCAUGAAUAAAUAAAAAAAAAAAAACAGAAUUUCUCGUUACAAUGUUAAUGCAUUAUUAAGCAGAUAUGUGAUGAGAAUAAGGGUAAAUAACAAGUAGGGGAUUAUAGUAGUUGAUCCAAUGACAAAUUCUCAAAAUUCACACCAUAAGAAUUGCAUUACAGACACUAAUAUAAAAAGAAUUACUAAUGAGAUCUUGGGACUGAAAGGACUGGGACGAGUUCGGCCCAUCUUUACAAGUUCUAAAAGAUAUUCCGUGAGAAUAAAUCAAUUCGGAAUUGGACGGACUUAAAAAAUAAAAAAAAGGUUACGUUAUACAUGCGACUUGUGCUGUCAAACAUCUCUUAGAGGAAAAGACAGUAUCUUUUUGUAAGACCAUUGUACGUUACUCUAGCAGUAAAUUGAACUGCAAUUUUUUUUUAACGAUAGCAAUAAUUUUCUUAUCUUCUUAGUUAGGUGGUUUCUGAUCAAGUGAUAUUUAUUUUUAAUUGAAGAGUGUAUGUAUUUUUUCAUCGCAGAAGUAAUGAAUCAAGUUGGACAAAGUAAUCAGGCAUCAUACGGCUAUCAAGCAGCCUCGUCUCAGCGUUAUUACCAGAACCAGGCUCCCUACAAUGAUCAACCAAGCAAUUCCCAACCAGAUUACUCAUCUUAUAACACACAGAGCAGUCCUCAAGCAGAUUACAUGUCUUACAGCUCCCAGCAGAGCAGUCCUGAAAACAAUUAUCCGUCCUAUAACGCACAGUCUUACAAUAGCUAUGACAACACCGCUUACCAGCAAUACGACAGAUCACAGGCUCAAGAUACUGCGGGACAAGCCAAUUAUUAUUCAAACGAACAACAAUACCAACAGCAGUAUGGUGCGGACCCAGGGUCAUACUACACGGGAUAAAACAUGACGUACCCUGUAGUUUCAAUCACUUUCCGGACAUCUGAUUUGAAUCUUUGAUGUUACACCAAGUUUUAUAACUGAGUUUUGCUGAUGUUGUCUUUUCAUAGAACAGAGCUCCACCAAAGAUGUCUUUGUUUCUGAAUUUUAAGCUCCAUAAGUUCUUUCUUGUAAACCUUGGAGGUCAAGAACGACGCUCACUUCUUGUUUUGACUCGAGCAAUCUCUCGAAAAACAAAACAGAAUGCUUAGCUUCCAAAGAGAUUUCUCGCUCAAUUAUCUCCGGAUAAAAUAUUGAAAAUUACGAGUCAAGGCCAUGAAAGUUUUGUUUGUUAAUAAACGUUAAUUUAACUGACUCAGUUGCUAACAGUGUCCCAAAUCUACUUGUAGCCACUCAGUUGACAGCUGACAUGCGUUGACAGGUUAGGAGAACAGGUAUCUAAACUCAUUUAUGUCUAAGACCAAUCUAGUCCCUCUCGAUCAUUUCCAAGGUUAACCGGUCAGGAAUCGCACUCAACUUGAAAAUGACCGUAAGUCUGCUGUAAAUACGCGUCAUAAGACAAAAAAUAGAAACGUUUUGAUGAAAAUCAGUCUCUCUAGUAACUGAAUUAUCUAAUCUCCAUUCUGUAAAGUUUCCCCGAAGUAUUCAAUGCAUGCCGUAAAGAAACAAGUGAGUCAUAUG